CAGCGAUUUUGUGGCACUUCCUUCAUUUCCCCAGAAGGGGUUGGAGGGCGUGCCGCAAAACAGUUCAAAGCCAAAGGUGGUUCGGGCAACAGCCGUGAAACUUUCCUUUGAUUAGAGGCAAGCUGAUUUGCCUUUGAUAUCUUUGAUAUGUUUGCGAGAUCAUGUGUCGCCUUGAGAGCGCUAAAGAGCUUCACGAUCGGAGUGGCCAUGUGGCAGUCGGAUGCCUAGCUGUCAGUCGGCAGGGGGGCCAGGACUUCAACACUCAAAUGUCCAGCGUCAAGACAUACACUUUGCACUGACACCGCUGCAUGGCUGCAUGUUUGUUUCCAUGCUUGUUGCUUUGUCACUGUUUGAGUUGUUCGACCUACUUUUCUCCACUUGUCAAGUUAUAUACAUCACAUCCAGCGCGAGACAUGAAUCACUGUUUGUGGCCAGCCGUCAUGCUGCGUCGUGCGUAGCGUGGUUUUGGCUCAACAACAUCUAGCUUCAGUCAGUUCGUCAGACACACCAGGAACGCCACAUCAUGGGUCAGUGCGAGAGCAAGGCCAGCACUGCGAAUGAGAUCCAGGUGGACACUGCCAGGCAUCCCAGCAUGCAGAGCUUGGCCUUGACCACCACGAAGAAGAUGGGCUGGAUUCCUGACCUUCCUGAUCACCGUGACCACUACGUGACCUUCAAGACCAUCGAUGCACCCAAGGACAUCAAGAAGAAGGCUGAAGGCAAGAAGGAGAUCGUGGAUUUGAGGCCUCUCAACGGAGGUUUCAAGAUCUUCAACCAAGGACAUUUGGGCAGCUGCACGGCGAAUGCUUUGGCGGCCUCUUUCCACUUUACCCUGCAUAAAGAGAAUGUGGAGAACCACGCGGACUUGAAGGACUUCACACCGAGCCGCCUCUUCAUCUACUACAAUGAAAGGUAUGUGGAGGGCAGUGUGGACCAAGAUGCUGGCGCGAUGUUGCGUGAUGGGGUCAAGGUCAUGGCAAAGAUGGGCGUGUGUCCGGAGUCCAUGUGGAAGUAUGACGAUGCCGAUGACUUCUUCAAGAAGCAGCCAAGCAAGGAGUGCUACGACUUUGCCCAAAAAUGCACCGUGAAGAACUAUGCGCGGGUGGAGCAGGACAAGGC